AUGCCACACAAGAGUCCUCAGCAGACGUCGAUACUUUCGACGUCCGUCAAACCCUCACGCAACAAACCCGAAAGUAAAUUCGUGGUCGUUUUAAAGAUUGUGAAAAGGGGUUUUUGGUGGAUUUUCGUUGUCAGGAAAGUAACUCACAGCCCCCGACCGCCGCGAGCAUUGCACGCCGCCCACGAGCGUUACCCGCCGCCCACGACCGUUACCCGCCGCCCACUGGCGUUACCCGCCGCCCACGAGCGUUACCCGCCGCCCACGAGCGUUACCCGCCGCCCACGGGCGUUACCCGCCGCCCACGAGCGUUACCCGCCGCCCACGAGCGUUACCCGCCGCCCACGGCGUUACCCGCCGCCCACGAGCGUUACCCGCCGCCCACGGGCGUUACCCGCCGCCCACGAGCGUUACCCGCCGCCCACGAGCGUUACCCGCCGCCCACGAGCGUUACCCGCCGCCCACGAGCGUUACCCGCCGCCCACGAGCGUUACCCGCCGCCCACGAGCGUUACCCGCCGCCCGCGAGCGUUACCCGCCGCUUACUGGCGUUACCCGCCGCCCACUGGCGUUACCCGCCGCCCACGACCGUUACCCGCCGCCCACGACCGUUACCCGCCGCCCACGACCGUUACCCGCCGCCCACGACCGUUACCCGCCGCCCACGACCGUUACCCGCCGCCCACGACCGUUACCCCAACGCCCUGAGAAGACACCCUGCAACCCCUACGGACGACCCUGCAACCCCUACGGACGACCCUGCAACCCCUACGGACGACCCUGCAACCCCUACGGACGACCCUGCAACCCCUACGGACGACCCUGCAACCCCUACGGACGACCCUGCAACCCUACGGACGACCCUGCAACCCCUACGGACGACCCUGCAACCCCUACGGACGACCCUGCAACCCCUACGGACGACCCUGCAACCCCUACGGACGACCCUGCAACCCCUACGGACGACCCUGCAACCCCUACGGACGACCCUGCAAUCCCUACGGACGACCCUGCAACCCCUACGGACGACCCUGCAAUCCCUACGCAGUUUUAA